AUGAGCGACAGACAAAAAGGCCAACGCCAGACCCGUGGUCGUGGCCAUGGCCGUGGACGUCGACGCGGCCAUUCUCAGGGACCUGCAAGAAGCCCAGCGCAAAGAAAUCAUGACACUCCCACCGACACCCCAUCUCCCAUCAACGGCAAUGAGACGCCGCCUCUGCCAUUCGAUGCAAAGCCGCCGCUCACAGAAGCCGUUCCGCUCGAUACGCCGAGGUUCUCUGAGCUUGACAAGCAGCGCCUCCAUCCCUCGCUCACCGAAGCCAUCACCAAGGACCUUAAAUUUGACCACAUGAUGCCUGUCCAGGCCGCCACUCUCUGGGAACUCUUGCCACCGCAUCGCCACGACUGUCUCGUCCAAGCCAAAACCGGCACAGGCAAAACUAUCGCCUUCUUGCUCCCCGCCCUCCAGAACAUGAUCACCAAGAAGCAACCCGGCGGUUCAGCCAUCUCACUCCUCGUCAUUUCGCCAACUCGCGAGCUCGCAUUGCAGAUCGCGCAGGAAGCCACGUCUUUACUCCAAAGAUUGCCAGACUAUCGCGUGCGUACCGCCAUCGGUGGCACAAACAAGGACCGCGAGGAGAAGCAAAUUCUGGAUCGCUGUGACGUUCUUAUCGCAACGCCUGGUAGGCUCAUUGACCACAUGUCCAAUGAAAAUAUACUAUGGGCUUUUAGGGACUUGGAUACGCUUGUAUUAGAUGAGGCCGAUAGACUCCUCGAUAUGGGCUUUCUACCUGCCCUUCGAGAAAUCGUCAGCAAGUUGCCCGACAAGAAACAAGCCGACAGACAGAGCAUGUUGUUCUCAGCCACGAUUGCCGAACGCGUCAACAAGAUUGCUGGUCUUGUUCUGUCGCCGGGAUACAAAUUCAUCUCUACAAUUCCCGAAGGCGAAGCCAAUACGCACGAACACGUACCUCAAGUCCUCAUCACAGUGCCUACGUUUGCAUCUGUCACCGCAGGCAUGGUCGGCGCAAUCAGGGAAGAAGCCGCCAACCACGACAACUUCAAAGCCAUUGUUUUCGCUCCUACGGCUGCACAGGCGGGGUUCUACGGACAUGUUUUGUCCAUGAUCCCCGGUUUACCACCUGUGUCUACACUCCAUAGCCGAAUGACGCAGAACAAGCGAACCAAGAUCACGAAUGACUACCGUGAAGCACCAUCCGCUAUUUUGGCAGCUACGGAUGUCAUUGCCAGAGGCAUGGACUUCCCUGGCGUGACGACUGUAUUCCAAAUCGGUAUACCCUCCGAAAAGGAGAGCUAUAUCCAUCGUCUUGGCCGCACGGCACGAGCAAACGCUGAAGGACGUGGUAUUUUCCUCAUUUGUGAGGCAGAAUCAUUCUUCCCGAGGUGGACUCUAAAGAAUUUCACCUUCAUACCCCACGAGGCAGAUAUCUCGUCUGCGGAUGAAGUUGCGCAGAUUCUGGAUACGAUUGAUGAGGAUGAAAAGGCGCAGAUAUACAAGGCGUGGUUGGGAUAUUACAAUAACCAUAUGAAGGGCUUAAGGUGGGACAAAACGGAGCUUGUCAGGCAAGCGAAUAUAUUUGCGCGCGAUGGGCUGGGCACUCCGGAGACGCCACCUAUUCAGAAGAGUGUCGUCGGGAAGAUGGGACUGAGAGGCACGAGGGGACUAAAUGUUGUGCCUGAUAAGCCUAGAGGUAGGGCUGCUAGGGGAGGGAGAUAG